AUUUUCGAUAGUGAUAAUGCUCGAUAGUUUUUCAAAAAAAAAAACAAACAUCGAUAGUAUCAAUAGUGACAUUUAUAGCUUGUCACUUCCACAUGAAUCUACGAUAUCUGUCUUUUGGUGUGGCAAAUUAAACGUCACUUGGGUCUAGAUAAUUUCAUCAGAUUUUGCUCCAUCCUUGAUUUUUCGAUAUUGAUACCAAGUUAAAAUGAAAAUUAAACUAACAGCUAACAUUAAUAAUCCACCGAUAAGUGGCUUGGCAACUGCUCAUCUUAUCAACGAAACCGUACCAAUUGAAAUAGUGUGGGGCAACGAAACUUCUUUGAAGUUCCCGGACAAUCGACACCUUUUUUGUCACUCAAACAAUGAUGUGCUGCGGGCACUGGCACGUGCUGCACCGGAAUAUCAACUAUAUGGAAAAACUGCCAUCGAAAGAACACAAAUUGACCACUGGUUAUCAUUUUCACUGACAUGUGAAGACGACAUCUCCUGGGCGUUUUCAUUUCUCGACAAGUCAAUUGCACCUGUAACUUAUUUGGUAGCUAACAAAUUAACUAUAGCAGAUUUUGCCCUAUUUAACGAGAUGCAUGCACGUUAUGAGUUCCUUUCAAAGAAAGGUAUUCCACAGCAUGUACAGCGAUGGUAUGAUCUCAUAAAUGCGCAGCCAUUAAUCCAGAAAGUCUUGCAGACUUUGCCCGAAGAGGCUCGUACAGCAGCAAAACAUGCUAAACGCAGCAAUGGUGUUAAACUAAGCGAUUGCGAAAAUUCAGUUCUGCCUGGGUCAACGAAAACGAAUGAGCGCAAACAAGAGGGUAAAUUCAUUGAAUUACCUGGUGCAGAGAUGGGAAAAGUUGUUGUGCGUUUUCCACCGGAAGCGUCUGGCUAUCUGCAUAUUGGACACGCUAAAGCAGCAUUAUUAAACCAAUACUAUGCUUUGAACUUCAACGGAAAACUAAUAAUGCGAUUCGACGAUACAAAUCCUGCUAAGGAAACGGUUGAGUUUGAAGAAGUCAUUUUAGGAGAUGUCGAACUAUUGCAAAUCAAACCGAAUCUCUUUACUCAUACGUCCAACUACUUUGAUUUAAUGUUGCAAUAUUGCGAGCAGAUGAUUACAGAGGGAAAAGCAUAUGUAGACGAUACACCUGCGGAACAAAUGAAACUUGAGCGGGAACAGCGAAUUGAAUCAAUCAAUCGUUCAAAUGAUGUUGAAAAAAAUCUAUUACUGUGGCAGGAAAUGAAAAAUGGCACUGAAAUUGGACAAAAAUGCUGCGUUCGUGCAAAAAUUGACAUGUCUUCACCAAAUGGUUGUAUGCGGGAUCCAACAAUAUAUAGAUGUAAGAACGAACCUCAUCCACGCACGGGAACAAAAUACAAAGUGUAUCCGACUUACGAUUUCGCAUGUCCAAUUGUCGAUUCCAUUGAAGGCGUUACGCACACAUUGCGUACCAUGGAAUACCACGAUCGUGAUGACCAAUUCUAUUGGUUUAUUGACGCGCUUAAACUUCGCAAACCGUACAUCUGGGAAUACAGCCGCCUUAAUAUGACAAAUACUGUGUUGUCUAAGCGUAAGCUGACUUGGUUUGUCGAAUCAGGAUUAGUCGAUGGAUGGGAUGACCCACGUUUUCCGACAGUGCGAGGCAUCAUUCGCCGGGGAAUGACUGUUGAAGGUUUACGAGAAUUCAUAAUAGCUCAAGGAUCUAGUAAAUCAGUAGUCUUUAUGAAUUGGGAUAAAAUAUGGGCAUUCAAUAAAAAAGUAAUUGACCCAAUUGCACCUCGGUACACGGCUCUCAAUUAUGAGAACCGUGUAGUCAUAAAUGUUGAGGGCGCAAAAAAAGAAACUGUUGAAGUACCUGUGCAUCCGAAAAACGAAAGUCUUGGAAAAAAAACUGUCACAUUUGGUCCCCGCGUAUACAUUGAUUAUGAGGACGCUGUUACCUUGAAAGAAGGUGAAAAUGCUACAUUUAUAAAUUGGGGAAAUUUGUUAAUCAAAAAGGUGUACAGAGAUAGCAAUGAAAAAGUAACAAAGGUUGAUGCCACUUUAAAUUUGGACAAUAAAGAUUUCAAAAAAACAUUAAAACUUACUUGGUUGGCUGAGGAAGACGACGAGUCUGCAUAUCCACCUACAUACUGCGUUUACUUUGAUAACAUUAUUAGUAAGGCGGUUUUGGGCAAAGAUGAAGAUUUCAAACAGCACAUUGGUCACAAAACCAGAGAGGAAUUGAAAAUGCUGGGUGAUCCUGAACUCAAAAAAUGUAAAAAAGGUGAUAUCAUUCAGCUUCAACGGCGUGGUUUCUUCAAAGUUGACGUCGCUUAUGCUCCAGCCAGUCCUUUUUCAAAUGCUAUUACACCAGUCAUUUUGUUCUCAAUACCAGACGGUCACACCAAAGAUAUGCCUUCAUCAGGAUUGAAAAUAAACGCUAACUCAAAAGACGUCCGCAAAAAUAACGAUGUUUUAUCUGCAGUCCGGACCGACGACGCCUCUACAUUAGAUCAACAGAUUAUAAAGCAAGGUGAAAAAGUACGCGAUCUUAAAGCCAAGAAAGUUUCCAAAGAUAAAAUCGAUCCAGAAAUACAAAAGCUUAUAGCUCUUAAAGCUGAUUACAAAGUAGCUACAGGCACAGAAUGGAAACCAGGUCAAACAGCGGCUGUAAACAUUGCUAAUACAGGUUGUACUGUUGAGAAAUCAGUCAGUGAAGAUAUUGUCAAGCUAGGAAAUCUGAUACGUGAUUUAAAAACGAAGAAGGCGUCAAAGGCUGAAAUAGACACUCAAGUUAAGGUGCUUCUUGAUUUAAAGGCCAAAUUCAAAGCAUUAACUGGUAACGAGUGGAAGCCAGUUAAUGUAGUUUCACCUUCUGCUCCACAAUCAAAAGACAGUUCAGGUGUUGAGGAAGUACUAAAAAAAAUUAAUACACAAGGCGAUAAAGUGCGCCAACUUAAAUCACAAAAAGCUGACAAAGUGGUGGUUGAAGCGGAAGUAAAAACGCUACUAGCUCUUAAAACCGAAUAUAAAGAACUUACAGGAAGCGAUUGGAAGCCAGGUGUUGUAGCACCAGCGACUAUUAAGAAGGAGAAGUCUCCAGAUCCACCAUCAACUGUUGCAGUUAGAGAUUUGCUAACGAAAAUCAAUGCUCAAGGGGAUAAAGUGCGCAGACUAAAGAACACUAAAGCGGAAAAAAAUUUAAUAGAAGAUGAAGUCAAGCUGUUAUUAGCACUCAAAACAGACUAUAAGAGUCUUACAGGACAAGAUUGGAAACCUGGGACAGCGCUUCCUCUUACAGCAGCUGAUGGUCCCGUUAAAAUUGACUUAACGCGCGACGAAAGCCCAGACGCCAAUGCACUUCUAAUACGAAUUCAAGUUCAGGGCGAAAAGAUACGAAAAUUAAAAUCCGAAAAAUAUCCAAAGCAAACGAUUGACGCUGAAGUGCAGUCGUUAUUAGCACUAAAGGCGGCUUAUAAGCAACAAACCGGUACAGAUUGGACACCCAACACCAAAGUUCAACCUAACGCAAUUUCUGUCGCCCAAAAAUCUCCAGUAACUAUGUCUUCUUCACCAGAAAAAGAGCUACUCACAAAGGAGAUCAAUGAACAGGGAGAUAAAGUACGUGCCGCCAAAUCUAAUAACCUUCCUAAGGAGAUGAUUGAUGCUGAAGUGAAAAAAUUGCUGGCGCUCAAAGCGAAAUACAAAGAAGUUACUGGAACUGACUUCCCAACCGCUGGCGGACGUGGCAGUAGCAGCUCCUCAAAGAAAGGAAGUGAAAAAAAGGCUCCAGCUACAAAGAAGGAAACAACAACAUCAAAAGAAGAGACUGUUGCGAAUGUGGCGGGGCUUAAAAAACAAACCCGUUUGGGACUUGAAGCUACGAAAGAGGAGAAUCUUCCCGACUGGUACUCACAAGUCAUUACAAAAGGGGAAUUAAUCGAAUACUACGAUGUCUCUGGUUGUUAUAUACUACGUCAUUGGUCAUUUGCAAUUUGGAAGUUCAUAAAAUCGUGGUUCGAUGCUGAGAUCACCAAAAUGGGUGUGAAAGAGUGUUAUUUUCCUAUUUUCGUUUCGCGAGCGGCACUCGAAAGGGAGAAGACUCAUAUCGACGAUUUUGCGCCAGAAGUCGCAUGGGUGACGAAAUCCGGCGACUCUGACUUAGCUGAACCAAUUGCUGUGCGACCUACCUCCGAAACCGUUAUGUAUCCGGCUUACGCAAAAUGGAUUCAAUCCUACCGCGACUUGCCUCUUCGCCUAAACCAAUGGAACAACGUUGUGCGCUGGGAAUUCAAACAUCCUCAACCAUUCCUGCGUACGCGCGAAUUUCUCUGGCAAGAGGGUCACACAGCUUUCGCCACUAAAGCAGAAGCCGAUCAAGAAGUCUUAGAAAUUCUAGAUCGUUAUGCGCAAAUCUACACAAACCUCCUUGCGAUCCCUGUAGUCAAAGGUCGUAAAACUGAGAAGGAGAAGUUCGCCGGUGCAGACUAUACCACGACUGUAGAGGCUUUUAUUUCGGCAUCAGGCCGUGCUAUUCAAGGCGGUACCAGCCACCACUUGGGUCAGAAUUUCUCGAAAAUGUUCGAAAUUGUGUAUGAGGACCCGGAAACGCAGCAAAAGCAAUUCGUAUACCAAAACUCGUGGGGUAUAACAACACGCACUAUAGGCGUUAUGAUUAUGGUACAUGGAGACAAUCAGGGAUUGGUAUUGCCGCCACGUGUUGCUUGCAUUCAAGCCAUUAUUGUGCCUUGUGGUAUAACGGUUAACACUAAGGAAGAAGAACGUGAACAACUGCUGCAAGCAUGUAAAAAAAUCGAAAACCAGUUGAACACAAAAGGCAUCCGCUGUGAAGGAGACUAUCGGGACAAUUAUUCCCCCGGGUGGAAGUUCAACCACUGGGAAUUGAAGGGAGUACCACUGCGCAUUGAACUUGGUCCGAAAGAUAUGAAAGCCAAUCAGUUAGUGGCAGUACGUCGUGACACGGGUGAGAAACUGAUUUUGGCUUUGGAAGAUGUUGAGUCUAAGAUCAGCCAACUGCUAGAAACAAUUCACGAUAGCAUGCUGGCGAAAGCGAAAAAGGAUAUGGUUGAUCAUACGAAAAUUACAAAGAUUUGGAUAGAUUUCUGCAAAUUUUUGGACGCUAAACACAUUCUCCUUUCACCAUUCUGUGGCGAAAUCGGAUGCGAAGAAAAAAUCAAGGCUGAUAGUGCAAGAGACGAGGAGUCCGAGCCCGGAGCACCAGCUAUGGGCGCUAAAUCGCUCUGUAUUCCUUUUGACCAACCAGCGACAAUCACUCCGGCCGACAAGUGUAUCCAUCCAAGUUGCACUAACAAACCUAAGUUCUAUACGCUAUUUGGCCGCAGUUACUAAACACAAAUUGAAAUCUAGACAAACUUAUAAGAAAACGCUCAAUGAAAGAAUUGAAUAAAUAUUAUUACGAAUUGUUUACUUUA